CUGGCUUUCAUCAUCAUAUAUGAUCAUAACAGAAGCUUUGUCUUGAUGUUAGAGGUGGUGUGUGGAGCACCGUCCAUCUAUCUUGAUCAUGCUAGAUCUAAACUGGACCGAAGGAUUAGUGUGGCCGCCCAGAACUGCUAUAAGGUACCCAUAGGAGCCUUCACUGGGGAAAUCAGUCCAGCAACGAUUAAAGACUGCGGAGUCGAACGGGUGAUUCUGGGGCAUUCCGAAAGACGUCGUGAUUUUGGCGGGAGUGACGAGCUGAUUGGUCAGAAGGUGGCUCAAUGCCUAGAGAACGAUUUGGGUGUGAUCGCCUGCGUUGCGGAGAAACUGGAGGAGAGAGUGGCGGAAACCACUGAGGAGGUGGUGUUUGCACAGGCCAAAGUCAUUGCAGGUCAUUUACAAAAACACAAGCUACAUUUCAAGUAAAAUUUGUAGAGUAUUCUCCGUGCCCACCCCAAUCUGUCAAUGGAUCACCAGCUUUCUGACAGAAAGGCAGCAGCUAGUGAGACUCCAUUGUGAAGAAGGCCUAGCAGAGAUUGUAAUUCCUUCACCAGCUGAGGAAGUUCAACCUGCCACAGGCGCUGCUGAUUCAGUUCUACUCAGCAGUCAUUGAGUCUGUCCUGUGUACAUCUAUAACUGUCUGGUUUGGAUCAGCUACGAAAUCAGACAGAAGGAAACUACAACAGACAGUCAGGACUGCUGAGAGGAUGUUUGGUGCCCCCCUGCCCACCCUUGAAGACCUGUACAUCUCCAGAGUGAGGAAACGUGCAGGUAGAAACACUCUGGACUCCACAUCCCCUGCCCACACCCUGUUUGAACUGUUGCCCUCAGGGUGGCACUACAGAGCACCAGGACAUCCAGGCACAAGAACAGUUUCGACCCUCAGGCCAUUUUCCACAUGAACAAUUAAACUGCCUCAGGACUCUUUAAUUCAAUAACUACAUUCCCCUACAUUGCACAUACAUUACCAUUUGUGAUAUUAUUUGUGUCUAUUUAUACUCUUACCUUGUUUUAUAUUCUGUGUCUCACUGUAAUGCAUUUGUUUCAUAUCCUGAGCUGAUGCCAAUACACAAUUUGUCUCAUUUCAGCUGUGGCUCAGGUGGUACAGGUAUAGCUGGUCGGCCACUAAUCGCAGGGUUGGUGGUUCGAAUCCUGGCCCACGACUCCACAUGCCGAUGUGUCCUUGGGCAAGACACUGAACCCCAAGUUGCUCGCAAUGGCAGGAUAGCAUCUUGCAUGGCAGCUCUGCCACCAUUGGUGUAUGAAUGUGAAUGUGUGUGUGAAUGGGUGAAUGAGUCACAGUGUAAAUUUUGUGAACCAGGAAACAAAUUGUCCCAUGUUGACUAAUGUAUAUCAAAUUGGUGCAUUUAUAAAACAAAAUAUGUUGGUACCUCUAUCAGAGAGGAUGUGUCAGUAUGUUGUUAUAGUAGUUUCAGCUGUUCAUGUUUGUACGUGUUUACGGUUUGCCCGAAACUCACGAAAACGUGGCAUAUUUCACCCAAAAACCAAAAGAUUGAAGUCUGGAAACUGAUAGCAUUUCAAGAGUUGUACUUGCUGUAUUAGGUUUGAUAAACCAGGAACAAAGUUUUAAGGACUGGAUAAUUUUUUUUUCUUUUGUUCUUUUUCUUUUUGACAGAGAAGAAAUAUACUCAAUAAAAAUUCACCACAGCUUAUUAUAAAAAUAGUUCAAUUAGCCACACACUUACACAUGACUUACAUAUCCGGUCUGUAAAAGAUUGACAUUAAUUCUUCCAAACUGACGAGUCUAGUUCUUUCUUCUCCCCCUGCUUUUUAUUUAGUAAUGUUUAAAUGGGCCAUAUUUUUUUAUAUCAAAACAUUAGGUCAUAAUAUCAAACUAGUCUUUUUCCUAAUGCAAAUAACAUGGUUACAAAUACACCAAAAACUUUCAUAUUUAAGGGUCAUUGACAAAUACAAAUUUGAAAUCUUUUAAAAAUCUAGUUUAAAACACUUUGUCAAGUUUGUAAAAAUGGAGACUUUGUGUCCAUGUUGGUUUUUAUAGGUUUAAAGGGUUUCUGAAAACCAUUUAGAGCAACCCCCCCCGCCCAAAUAAAUAAA